AUGGCUACGAAAAGCAGUAAGAAGCAGUCGGCUGGUGCGGCAGCAACUUCGACCACCAUCGAGCCGGUGGCACCGUCGACACCGCAGUCUUCGCACUCUUCGUCCCAGCAAUCAACGCCCGGCACCCGACCGGUGUCACCGGCUCGCAUUUCUCGCAUUCAAGAACGUGCCGAGCUGCAGAAUUUGAAUGACCGUCUGGCCGCCUAUAUUGAGCGUAAUCGUCAGCUGGAAAGUGAAAAUUCGAAAUUAAGAGUACACGUCCAGAAAAAUGUUGAGCAACGGGAGAUUGUUUCGGUCAAGAAAAUGUACGAAUCAGAGCUUGGGGAUACCCGUAAGACACUUGAUGCUAUUGCCAGAGAGAAGGCUCAGGCUGAACUGCAGCUCAGCCGAGCUCAGGAAGAUCUUAAAAAGUUGGAGACAAAAUUCAACAAAAAGAACACCGAGCAUGCCAACCUGGAGAAAAAGUUUAACAACUUUGAAGCACAACUGGACGAGCUACGGAAGCAGCUUAACCAAGGCAUUGCUGAGCGUAAGCGUCUUGAGGGAGAAAUCCGGAACUUGAACGAGGAGAAUAAAACUCUGGACGACAAGUCAGAGAGUCUGAAGAAGCAGCUCGAGGAAGAGACCAUUUUACGUGUGGAUCUUGAAAACCGCAAUCAAAGCCUGAAUGAAGAGCUGCAGUUUCAGCGAGAGCUGUACAAUAAGGAGCUCGAAGAAGUGCGCAUUAAGGAGUUCGAAAUCAAGGAGGUGUACCAGGAGAAUGUCAAAACGCAAUACGAGCAGAAGCUAAAUAAGGAGCUGACUGAGCUGCGUGAGGAAAAUGAAAAUCGACUGGCUCAGUAUCGUCUGGAGCUUGAAGAUAAGUACGAGGCGCAGCUCGGUGCAGUUCAGGAUGAUCUGGAGCGCAAAGUGUCUGAUCUUCAGAACGCCCAGAGCAAGAUUAAGCAGCUCAACUCGACCUACACUUACAUGACAAGCGAAAUUGACCAGGUGAAGAAAGAAAACAAGAGCCUGAAGGACAAGGUCGCUGAUCUUAAUAAGCUGAUUGAGCAAGAGCGAGACUGGAAUCAGGCAGCUCUUAACCGAAAGGACCAGGAGGUGGCCGAUUUGAACUCUAGAUUGCAGGCGGUGCUCGAUGAAAAUAAGGAUCUGGUGGAUGAUAAGAUCAAGUUGGACAAUGAGCUGGCAACCUACCGAAAGUUGCUCGAAACGGAAGAGAAUCGCCUCAACAUCUCUCCACAGGUUGCCUCCUCGCCUCUAGUGUCCACCAGCUCGAUUGGCUCCUACACACCAAAAGCCUUCAUUGCGCGAGGCCAGAAGCGAAAGCGAAUUUGCCUUAGUGAGGAGGAGAACUUGUCAGACUUGAUGGUCACUUCCAAUGCCAAAGGGGACGUUGAAAUCAGUGAUCACGACCAGGAUGGCAAGUUUGUGAAGCUUCUUAACAAAGGCGAAAAGGAGGUGUCACUAGGUGGAUGGCAGCUGAUUCGUCAAGCUGAUGGACUUGAAACACGCUUCAAGUUCCAUCGCUCCAUUUCCAUCAAGCCUGGUCAGACAGUCACCGUGUGGAGCUCUGACUCUAACGCUGUUCACCACCCGCCAUCGGACAUUGUCAUGAAGGCUCAGACCUGGUUCACUGCCGAGAAGAUGAGCACUGCUCUGUUCAACACCAACUCUGAGGAAAUGGCAUCACGAAACACUGAAAAGAAAAUUUCUUCGCAUUCACAGCGAUUUUCUUCGCAUGGAUAUUUAACUAAUGACAAUGAAAAUGAAGAUCAGCAAAAGUGUGCCAUCAUGUAA